CAGAGAGAUUGGGAUCGUGAUCGUGAAUAUGGAUAUGGCUCUGGCAGAAAUGAACGUAGAGAUCGUUUUGAUCAAGAAGAUAACGAGAAAGACUUGAGGCGAUAUUCGAGCCGUUAUAACCGGGGAGACAGACGUUCAAGAGGUCGAGAUCGAAUUGAUGAGGUUGAACCUGAAUGGUUCAGUAGUGGUCCCACUAGUCAGUCAGAAACUAUAGAACUUGUUGGGUUUGAAGAUAAUCAAAAUGAGGAUGAAAAUCGUAAGCCAUCAAAAAAGGCAAGUAAAAGAGCUAAGCAGAAUUCUCGUCGCUCAAAGUUUAAAAUCUGAUGAAGGUGAAAGGAAUGAAAAUGUGAUAUCUGAAGAUAAUUCCAAGAAAAAAGCUACUUUUUCACAAGAAGACCCGAAACCAACAACUGAAAAUAAACCCAAUGAUGAAGUUAAGGAUAAAUCCAACAAUGCUGGAUUUGAUUUAGAUGAACUAUUCCGCAUGGAUUGGAUACCUGGACUUCUUCAGAAUGAAUCUCCACCUGAUAAUGGAAAUAGCGAAAUGGGAUGUAGCCGUUUUAGCCAAUGGUUUCGUAGAGAUAGUCCUUUACCCAAUGUACCAGAAUCUGGAAAUAACAGUCGGCGAUCAUCACUGCAUGAUGAACUUAUUGCAAAUGUUUUAAAUAGUGUUGAACCUCAGCUUAUAAUACCCUCACCAACCCCAAAUUCUUCAGAUAACUUCUUUGCACCAAUUAGUCCUGCAAUAUCUCAUUCUUCAAAUUAUUCUGCAUCUCAGUCUUUAGCAUCAAAUCAUUCCACAAGCAAAGAUAUCAUGGAAAUGUUACAAUCUGCCAAUUCAAAUGAAUCAGCUCGUAAUGGAGGAAAUUUGAAAGAUUCUGUGAAAACUGUAAAAGAACUGGAAGCUGAUUUAAAACGUAUUGUUUUGGGGGACAAGAAGCAGCAAGAAGAAAGAUCUGCUUUUGAUAAACUGUUGCAGCAUAUGUCAGAUUCUCAAAGCACACCUUCUGCAUCUAUGAGUAUGGGGCCUCUUGAUAAAUCUAAAGCUUUGCAAGAACAGGAUUUGUUGCAAGAUAUUUUAGGUGGCCCUCAAGCUUCAUCUGUGUCACCUAUGCUUCAGCCCUUUCAGAUGUUCAAAGAGGAGAAGCAACAGGUUCCUCAGCUUACACCUGGUAUGUCACAUUCUCAAUUUCCCCAGUCUAAUCAGCAAACCCAAAAUGAAAUGUUUGCACAUAUAAUGCAGCAGAAACAACAAGAACAGCAUAUGCAACAGAUUCAUCAGCAGCAGUUGCAACAACAGCAAAUGCAAAAUCACAUGCAACAGCAAAAUCAACAGUCUCAAAAUUUAAAUGUUCAAGGAUUUACGGUAGAUAUGCUGGCUAAAAUUCUUGGCACUUCAUCUCAAGCACCCAUAAGUCCAUCAUCAGGACUUCAUCAGUCUGCCUCUGCACCUGCAUUGAAUCGAAAUGAUCCCCAAAUGUUAAACACUGUUUUGCAGUAUCAGAGGCAGCGGGAACUUUUGUCUUCCAUAUUAAAGCAACAACAUUCUAGCCAAAAUUUGUCACAAUCUAAUGUGUUACAGCCAAUGUCACAGCGCCGUUGUCCGUCCGCUAAAGAUAUACCAAUUCAACAGACUUUAGGACUUCCUACACUGGGAAUAAGUCCUCGUCAGUCACCGUUGCCGCCUGAAGCCAUUGGCUCAACUAUUCCUAAUCAAGGUCGCAUACCUUCACCUCUUGUGUUUGGUCAGCAGCCACCAGCAUUAAGCCAUGCACCAGCACCAAUUCAUCCUGCUGCUUUAGUGCAAGCAAUGGCUCAGAAUGCUGCUAGUUCUAAUACUUUACAGGUGCAGAAUCCUGUCGUUCUCCAACGAGUACCAUCUCCUCAAGAACUUGCCGUACAUACACAGUCUAUUCUUCAGAAUGCUCUGAUCAAACGAAAACUUGAAGAGCAAAAAGAGAACUUCCGCAAGAGGCAGGAAGCACAAAGGUACAUGAAUUUUUGUCCAUUUGUAUGUUAUCAUAAAGCUCUUUGUAAACCUAGUGCCAUGUAUUGA